GUUUGUUGAUUAGCGCGUGGUAAAGUUUACAGUCGGUGUCUUCGGUAUGUUUGAGCUGUCAGUUGCUUGUCGCUUUAUUGCCGUAUGUUAUUUGUAUUACCGCAUUUGAUGAGAUAAAGACUCAUCUCUGUGAUAAUGAUGGAUGCAGGAAUUCAGAGUCAUCCCAAUUUUGAGAUGUUGGCCCAGAUAGGUAAUGGUGCAUACGGCACUGUUUACCGUGCACGUUCAGCGAGUGGCCAAAUUGUGGCUGUAAAGAAAGUCCGUGUGAACCUUUCUGCUGAUGGUAUACCUUUGUCUACACUUCGGGAAGUUGUUCUUUUGAAGGAAUUGGCUCAGUAUGAACAUCCGAAUAUAGUGAAACUACUGGAUGUCUGCACGGGUCAUAGAACAGAAACCGAUCUGUAUCUGUUUUUAGUGUUUGAACAUUUGGAGCAGGAUUUGUCUAAUUACAUUGAAAAGUGUCCCCGGUCUGGCAUGGGAGCAAGCUUGGUGAGAGACAUUAUGUUCCAGACUCUGAGUGGUGUUGAUUUUCUCCAUAGUAAGCGUGUAAUUCAUCGAGAUCUGAAACCUCAGAACAUCCUGAUUUCUUCUUCAGGAACAGUGAAGUUAGCAGACUUUGGGCUGGCUAAGACUUACGACUUUGAAAUGCUACUUACUUCUGUUGUUGUAACCAUAUGGUAUCGUGCUCCAGAGGUUCUUCUCAACUCAACAUAUGCUACACCAGUUGAUAUCUGGUCAUGUGGUUGUAUUAUGGCUGAAUUGUUUCUUCUGCGUCCUAUAUUUUGUGGAACAUCAGAAGUUGAUCAACUGGACAAGAUAUUCAGCAUCUUAGGAACACCUCCUGAAACAAGUUGGCCAGAGCAGACACCAUUACCUUGGUCUGUUUUCAAAAACUACACAGCUGCUGACCUGGAAGGGAUGAUGCCUGAUUGCUCCCCAGAUGGUCUGAAUCUUUUGCAGAAUUUGUUGAUGUUUGACCCUUGUCAGAGAAUCAGUGCUGCAAAAGCCUUAGCUCAUCCUUAUUUCAAGGAGCAUGGAUACAUUGCACGCUAGUGGAACUGUAUUUACUUGAAUUCUCAGAAGAAAGAGGAAUGUGCACAAGUACUUUGAGUUGAUAAAAAGACUGCAAUAAAAUAAACAGUUUUGCUCACUCUAUCACACUCCAUUCCUGAAAAACUCAAUAUUGUGUAUGUAUAUGAAACAGAUGUUAGAACAUGUUCAUAUUCUGAAAACACAUAUGAUAAGUUUUAGAUAUGGGCAUAUUUUCAGUCCAUAAAUGUUGAAGAGUGAUGGAAAUUAUACAUGAUAGUUAAAAGGCAUUGUAAUGAGGUUUUUAUUAAAUUUUCAUUCACUUAAAAAGUGCCACUGCUCAUAACUUUUGUAAUAUUAAAAGAAAAUGCAGGUUAUAAAGUCAAGAAUAAGUAAGGAAUUGUCUCAAGUCAGUUAAUGGUCCAAUUACAUACAUUUUGUAAUAAUCGUCAGAAUGUGUAGAAUUAGAAACCAGUAUGUAUUCCUGUGGACUGUACCAUCUCAGUAGUCUUGGCAUUUGUAUUUUGAGCUUUAAUGGUGAGUUCAAGAAUGUUGCAGCUUUCGACUUUAAUGUUGAAUUUGAGAGAUGUUUGCAUGUUAUGUGAGUUUUUUAAAUUAGUUUAAGUACUGAGUUACAGCCACCAUUUUGUAUCUCAAUUUUUGUGCAAGGUAAUGUUUGCUGUGUGCCUUGCAACAGAGUGACGAAAUUUUCAUUUUCUUUGAAAUGCUAAAGAAAAUGGAAUGUGUGUUUUAAAUUCAUUGGAGCUUUUACAUCAAGAAUAUAUAUUUGUUGUGGCGUUACAGAGUAUCCCAUGGAUAUUUUGAAGUUGUACACAGUAAUUAUAUUAUUGGUACUCAACAAAUGGGCAUUCUCACAUCCAUGUUAUUAGUACAGAAGCCCCACCCCUCCCCAACCCCAUGAAAAAUGAGUGAUCGUAGGGCAAUGAAACUUUGUGGAAACAUUUGUAAGGGCUUGUGGAAGGAAAAUAAUGAAUAAACCUCUGGAAGAAACACAUACUAAUUUCCAGAUGAGAGGCUUCAAAUCUGGUGAUCUUGUUGGUUACACAGUUUGGAACAAUUAGCCAAUGGUUCUGUUUUCUUUAAAUGUAUUACAGACUAAGACAGUGACCUCACAAGCAGUGUGAGUUGGAGUUCUAUAGUACAUUGAAACAUGUGAGGCCAAAGCACUUACCUCCCAUAAAGAGGUACCACUUGCUGAUAAGCAUAUCACAGUACAUGUGCUGUUCAGACUGCAUGUCUUUGGUCCUUUGGGAGUUACUCGAAGAAAAAUGGAGCAAUCAUGAACUGUACAGUGAAGCCACACCACACAGUGAUGCAUUCAGUAUGCAGGGCAACUUCAAAAAUGUUUGUGGGCAAUGACUGUCCCCAAAUUUGAGUGUGUUCACUGUCCCAUUGAGUGUAAUGUGUGUUUCACCACUCCGCAAAGUGUUCCAAGGCCACAGGUCGUCAACUUUAACCCUUGCAAGAAACAUAGGAACAAAAUCUACUUGAAUGUCUGCAUCACAUGGCAAAAGUUGGUGAGUAAUGUGAGGUUUGUACAUAUACCAUUUCACAAUUGAUCACAGCACUUUUUGAGUGAUGGAGCAUGCAGUGUUCAACUAUUGUAACACAUUUUGUGCACUGAUUGGAGCUCACACAUUGCCUCCAGCAUUCUCAGCUUUGGCAACAGUAACUUUUUCAACAAUUUGUAGUGCAAUUGGCAGUCACUUCUCCAGUGAGCUAACCGAAUCAUUUGCCGAUCAUUCCAAACUGUGUAACCACCUAGAUCACCAGAUUUGAACCCUCUCAAGUGGAAAUCAAAAUGUGUUACUUUCAGUGAUUUAUUUGUUAUUUCACUUCCAUGUGUUCACACAAAUUUUUCCAUAAAGUUUCAUUGACCCACAAUCACUUGUUUUUCAUGUGGCCCUAUUAAGUAGCAAAAGUUUAAUUAUAAUGAUCCUGUAUUUAUUAUAAAAAUGUGUGAGCUGUUCAUGUAUAAUAUAGAGAUACAUAUUAGUCAUCUGGGGAUAGCAAAUAUUAUAGACUUAGUAAAAAAUUUUACAUUGUUUUGAUAUUGUUAAUAUUCAGUUUUCAUGUGUGUUGAAAAUUAGCAUCUCAACAAUGAUUAAUUUUAAGUUUGUAGUACUAUAAAAUCUUCGGAUAAACCUCAGAGCUGUGAAUGAUGUGCCUUUGUUUAAUAGUCUGUUCAUUGGAUGAUGUGCAGAAACCAGUUAAUACUGGUACUAGAUGUUUGUACUCAGUGUCCACAAAAUGUAUUAAAUUUUAAUAUUGUUAUAACAUUUGCAAAACAUGACUUAUUUCUUGUA